AUGAUGUCAAUCAAGCUGUUACUCAAUGACGAUACUAGCAGAACGACUGCCAUGUCAUAUCCCGACUCUCAGUAUCAACAUCACAGCGGGCCUCCAAAUAACGACCCAAGGAUUGACGCCCGUCCUCAUCUCCAGAGCAACGAGAUGGUUGGAGCACCCGCCACCUUCACCGCAGUAACCGAAACGAGCACCGCGACAACGACGGCUCCCGAGGCGGCCAGGGAUGAACGACCAAAUAGACAAACGAGCCCAAGGGAUGAAUUCUGUCGGGCACUGGCAGUCAGCGGACUAGAGCAGCUUGAAGCCCCAGAGCCUGUGGAAAGGGAAGCGGCAACGCUGCUACCAACAUUUCUCCCCGACGCACCGCUUUGCCCAAAGGAUAUCGAGUUUAAUCGGAAGGAUCUAUUCACGCAGCACCUUCGGCGCAUGCACGGUCCUUUCAACAGAGCCCUCACCAAAGGGAAUAAUGAUCAAAAACAGUCAGAAUGGGAGAGCUAUAUUAAGGGCAUGCAGCAGAAUUGCCUCGUGACGCGAAGGCGUCCACCGCAGCAAUCUAGCUGCCCGAAACCCGGCUGUGUGAAUACCUUUGACGGCCCGACUGCCUGGGACGAAUGGGCAACGCACGUCGGUCGGCACAUGGAAAACGGCGAAGGUGAUGAUCUUGGCGUCAAUGACUGGCUUCAGUGCUAUGCACUCGAGGAAGGCAUUAUCGAGAAGGAUGGCAAAGGGUACAAACUUCGUAAGAGUCAGUUACAGGAAGGUGAACCUUGA